UCACACAAGUUGCUGCCGAUUAAGAUGCCACCCCACCACAUGUUGGUGAUUGAAAGGUGACCCAGACAUGAGGUCCAUCAGCUUGUUGUCCAUAUCCCCUCUGAAAUCUGAUGCUUUCUAAAUCACUGCCCAAACUCAAGCGCUUAUUAAGGCAGGCCUUUCCCUGUAACACCUUCGUCCUUUCUCUUGUUAGUCGUGGUUAUAUUUUGAUCUGGAACACAUUUAAUUUGUUGUUCAUUUUUUGUUUGGGCUUGCCAGAUCACAUGUGCUAUUGUUACUGUCCUCAGCAAUUAUUAGUCCUGGUGAAAUUUUCAUUUUUAAAAAAAAAAUUUUUUUUUUAAAAGCUCUUCUCAGUAGUCAUCAAUGGCCUUGUUUCAUAAGUUGCUCUCUCAUGUGCUUCAAACUUGUGAUAUUAACUGUGUCUGUAGAUCGAAGCAACUGAUAACUGUUAUACAAGUGAAAAGAAGUGCCCCAUACAUCUAUUUUGUCCUCAAUAAGAUUGUUUUGUUUAGUUUUUUUAAAGGUCAUCAAGUUCGUUAAUAAAGAUGCAAAGUGUCUAAAGUAUGUAAAUACUAUUCACGAAUGAAAAUGUAAAAGCAAGGGAUCAUUUUUCGUUUUUUUUUUAGCUGCAAGCAAGUAAAAUUUCAAAAGUUGGAAAACAUCAAGUUUUUAUUGUUAAUCAGUAAUUGUCUUAAUAAUUAAUUAUUUAAAAAUUCAUCUAAAACGGUUCUAAUUGGGGCAUUUUUAACAUUAGAAUAGUCAAAGGCAAAAGACAAGACAGCUUUUUAAGUUUCAAAUUGUCAUAGAGCCACUGGGAGGUUGUGUUGGUAUGCCUGUGUGGACUUUGUUGAUUAGUGGUGACUUCACCGUACUGUACGUGAUCAGCCCUCUUGUGUGCCGAGAACAAUGUGUUAGUUUUGUGUUAUUAUUUUAAUUUCUCCCCUGCCACAGCUCUUUCUGUGGUUCUCAUGUAAAGGCUACAUCCCUGGGCAGCAAGCUGGAUCCCAGGUGGUGACAAGAUGUUAGCCUCGCUCCGUCCUCCUCUUUGCUUUCCUCUCAUGUUCUCAUUUUCUUCACGCGCUGCUUCUUUCUUUCCUUCUCUCCAUAUGAUCUCCUGAAAGCGUUUUCUUUUCUCUUGCUAUCAUUUACCUGCCUGCCACUUACCACAACUCAACAGAAAACAGAAGCUUUGCACCAAUAUGCCACAAGAGCUUUGUUGUUUUGCUGGUAUGAAUGCCACUAAACUAUUUCAGGUUUGUACAUAAGCCAUCAAACCCACAAAUGUAUAGAACUGUGUAGCCAUAUCUGAUUCUGACAGGACUUGCUUUUAGUCUCCUUAGAGGAAGAUGGUGACGGGUUUGGGAAGAAGAUAUUUAACACAAUGAGGUGUACAAAAGCUAACAUGUAUGCAUGUGCUUUUUUAUAUUUAAAUAGUUAAUGUUCAUGUUAUUUGCAUAGUUUUAAACCAAUUCUUGAAAUCCAUUGAAUUGUUGUACUCUGUUAUAUUAUUAGAUGGAACGACGUUCGAGUUGCUUUUGUCACUGGAGUCACUUAAACCACAUCUUCUCACAUGCUAACUCAUUCUUUCCCCUGUCAGCGCAUGUUUUAAAAAUUUGUACAUGCCAAACCCAUGCGCCAGCUCCUAAUUUGCAUCCUGCAUUCAGCCUGUGGUUGCGUGUAGCUCUUCAUGCUUUACUGCACCGCAUGCACAUCAUGUCCUAGCCGGGUCCCUCUUUUGUUCCCAGUCCCGGUCUGGACUUGGUGUCCAUCCGCAUAUGUGAAUGCAGCGCAUUGAUGAAAGCGGAGACUGGGUGAUUUACGCUUUAGACAUUUAACCUAUUCCUGUUUCCUGAAGCCCUAAUGAACUCUUGAAUCACUGCUGCCAAGUACUGUGAGAACCCCCUGAAUGCCAGUUAAUUAACACGCCACCAGUAACCAACGGAGUCAUUGAGCUGGUGAAGCCACGGCCCACAUUUUGCAUUAGAUCUGUAGCCUAUGCUAUAGUGAGCCACUGAGAAAGUUUCUAAUUCUGGUAAGCAAAUGAUUAAUUUAGUUCCCGUUCCAGAUGAUUAUAAUAAGGAGGAUGAUGCAAAGGACAACGUGACACGUUAGCCAACAGUGCUGUGUUACUGUUUGGAGUGGAGGUAACAGUAAGGUCAUGUUACAGCAUCGCAAUCAACCCUUUUUUAUCAUAGUUUUUCCCUUCGUUUACCGGUGAAGUCUUCAUGAAAAGAACUAAUACAACAUGACAACGUAUUCACUUGCCAAUUCAUUAGCUACACUAGUGAAAAUUUAAGCAUUCUAACAUAACAGUCUCAAAAUAGAGCUUCUUGAAGACGAGAGCUGUUGAAUUAACUGAGUUUUCUUUUCGGAGGCAAAGUUAAUAAAUGGGCCAGUGAUUGUAUAAGCCCUGGCUGCCCAAUUUGGGGCCCGCGGGCCAAAUACUGACUGAAAAAAAAGUUAAAGUCACAUUAAAGUAAUCGUUAAAAUAAAAAAAUCAUUCACUCUAACUACAAUGUUUUAUUUAGUGGCCUUAAUCCUCUUCCAUAUUACACAAUAACCAGUGUCAUUCAUGCUAUAUAUUUAACUUAAUGUACUGCAGAAUUAACAUUUCGGCCCUCCACUAGGAAGAAUUAAACCAGGCAGCCCUGGAAUAAGCUGUAGUCGUACGAUAAUACGAUGGUAUAUGUCCGUCUCUCAAUCAGGUUUCCAGAUAUUUUGAGAGUUAGUUGCAGUUGUUAUAGCACAAGCUGAUCAGCGUUGCUAAACAGGCAGUGAUUUAGUAUCAUGGUAUGUUGAAAUAAUGAUGAGAAAAAGAGUCAGAUUGAAUUGUUUCAUCUUGUUAAAUCUGUCAACAGCAUUGACAAUAACCUGCAUGGAAAUACCAUAGUGUGAAGGGUGUUAACUGUCUGUUUUGACUUUUGCUUGUGGUCCAUAGUGGUUGAUGUUGAUGUUAUUUAUUUUUUUUUUAACCUACAUUAGAAAACACAGUGUUAGAAAUGUCCCCAGAGAUGUACAGUAUAUCUACUCUCACAGUUGUGUGUAUUAUCUGAUUGUGGACACAAAGUGCUUACAUAAAUACAGGUCGUGUCUCCAGACCCCCUUCAGCAGUCUCCUGUGGAGAACAAAUCAAGCUCUCGUCACUACCUGUCUGCCUGAGUGUUAGUGUCUGACCCACAUAACGACCUGUCUGCCUGCCUCUCUGCCUCUGUCUCUCUGUCUCUCUGUCUGUCUGUCUGUCUUCAUCAUUAGUAUCAUUUGUAUUUGUGUGCGUGUGACUCUCCGUGACUUCUACCUAGACCUGUUUGUGCUCCUGUCAACUCGUGUGCCUGCCUGCCUCUCUUCGUCAGCAUGUUCAUUUCACGUUUCGUCACCGUCCCUUUGCCCUUUUCUCUUUUCCCUCCCGUCGUCUUCUCAUCCCAUCAUAUCUGCUUCUUUCUUUCUCUCUGCCCCAUAAGUUUAUUUGCGCAGUGCUGUUGUGACUCAUGCUGGACAGUAAUACUAACAUACUUUUCGGUGAAUUCUGGAUGACUCCAAAGCCAAUUUUCCACGUUAAAAGAUGAUGGUAGUAUAUGCUAGAUGUUCCAGAUAGUCAGAUGAAAGAGUCACUUGCAGAGCUGAAUUAAAAUAGACUUAAUUCCUACUACUGAUUCCUAAUGUUUUGCCCAUAUUUGACAAUUUAACAACUCUUACCACCUUUGACUAAUGUUUUUAUAAGUUUAUGGAACACCUCUAGGCUCAUCUCACAGAGAAGCAAUUAAUGUUUAGUUUAUUAGCUAUAUAGCUGUAUUUCCAUUCCUUUCAGGCUAAAACCUUUGAUAGGACAUCAUCUGACGACUUAUUUUGGUGUUUUUUCUACAUUGCGUUGAUAUAAAACUUUGAAUUUGAAUUUGAAUUUCAAUAAAAACCAAGCAGAUUUGUUAGUCUAAUGAGCUAGCAACAAGAGGGAUGACUGAUAGGGGGCAAAGACCAGAUUUAGUCAACCAAUUUGACAUUUACUAACUGCCCUAUUUUCUUAUCGUUUCAUUCAUGUUAUAAAACGAACAAACAAAUAAAGAGCAAUCUCUGUUUUAACCGGAUUUGGAAGCAUUUGAUCAUCAGCAUUUGUUCGAUUAUUAAUUGCAGUUCAGCAGCACCUUUCUUCCACUUAAAAUUCAACAUGCUCUACUGUCAUUCAGUGCUGUUGAAUUGUUGCCAGGUGUUGUCAGCUCCUGGGCACCUGUCCUUGUGAACGAUUGCGAAGCAAGGGACCGUAAUUUAGUCGGCUAAUAGGGCUGAGUUCUUCUCAUCUUGGCAACCAGGGCACAGGGCAUCUUUGUUUUUCCUAAUUUUUCUCUCUUUUUUUGUCAUCUUCCAUUUCUCCCUUCAACCUCCAUUUCUUCCCCUCCUCAUUUUUGAAAUGCUCUGCGCCUCUUUUUGACUUCCUUCCUCAUCCUUUUCUCCCCCCCUCACUUUCUUCGAGUCGUACUGUCAUCUAUUUUUAGCUCCUCGUGUGUUGGGCAGAGGAGGUGCGUGAAAGCAUGGGACUGUGUCUGGAUUGCGGGAGGGAAAGGUGCAGGCUGGUGUGUGUUGUGUGUGUGGGUGUGUGUGUGUGUGUGUCUCUGUGUAUGUUUUUGGUCUCCAUCACGCUACACCAAAUUGCCCUGCACGAGGCAAACUCUGCCGUCUUCAGAAAGUCAUUAGGAACAGGACGCAGACAAUGGUGCACUUAAUCUGACGCUAAUUACUACCCACUGAAGUUGUUAAUUUUAGCUCAGCCGCCGAGCGAUUCUGUUUAAUCAACACAUCAUGUGGUCUAAAAAUAACCAGUAAUUACUCCAAGGCCGGUGGCAACUCACUAAAACUAACCCAUGCAAUAAAAAAAAAAAAAAAUAGAUGUUGAGGGUGAUUAAAACAUGUCUGGGGAGGUAAUACUACCUGUGUAGAGCUGAUUGUGUCGUGUUAUAUAAUAACAGUCUGAAUUUCUUUGAGGCUUUCUUGCACUGUGUAAGUAGUACAUUGUAGUACUACAUGUACUAGUAGUAAAUUGACUAUAUUAUAACCACAAGAAUAUUGUAGUCUCCUUCUCUCUUAGUUUUUCAUAAACAAAAGCUUUUUCUUUUUCUUUUUACAUCUGAAAGGACCCUCGAGGAAAGUAGGCCAUUUGUAUAAUUAUACAUUACAUAAGUACCAUCAUUGGAUAAUGUUUAGACUGUAAAGAGCACUAAUAUUAUUAUUGUUAGGGGUGGAAUUAAGCAAACAUGUACACAUUGUACAAACACUAUUAUCAUUGUGAGUGUUGUUGAUUCAUGAAAGGUUUUUUAAUAAUGACUUUUCCAUAUUAAACUCGAUUUGUCAUCCCUGCGUUUUACCUAAAGAAGCCAGCGAUUACGAUAGAACAUUACUGAACAUCGCAUCAUCGUUAAUAUUACUAAGCCUCUCUCGUUAUUAAAGUCAUUUUUGAGACUAAAUUAGAGCAGCGCUCACAUAUGUUGUAGUAAAAAUGAUUUAACCUGCUCCAACUGCAAAACAUUCUAGUGAAAACACAUCAAGGAAAUUCUUGGUAAACGGUCAGAAAAGUUCCAGAGUGCAUGUUUUGAGAUAAUAAUUCUAAAUCUGAAUGUACUAAAUCUCCCAAAAGGCUCAUAACAAAAAUUAUUUAUACCCCAAAGCUUCGUAUUUAGAAUGAUCAACUCAGACCUCGGUGAAUGUUAGAAAUGUUUGUGGACGAAGGUUGGUUUCUGCGUUGCUUCUGCUUUCUUUAAGUCCCACCGCACAAUUUUCAUUGGCAUUCAAGUGAGAUGGCCAUUUAAGGACUGUGAUUCUGAACCAAGUUUUUUAUUGACCUCUGCUCAACAAAAUCAUGAUUAAGCUUAGGAUCAUUAUCUUGUGGGAUAGUUGUGUUAUUACUGAGUUCACACUCUUCUUUAGUUUGUGACCUGGAAAGAGUUUGUGAUGAGUUUUCCCUCUAUGCUGCAUCACCUUAUCUGAUCCCUUCAGAGUCUGAUCCCAUGAGCCUAAAUAAUUUCCGUUUAGUCUUAACACGCCAUGAAACAGACUCCCUGACUGUUUCUAUUUUCUUGAAUAUGUGACUCUGCUUUUUUGAUAUUUUUUGGUCAAGUAUGAAGCGUGUUGAAGUCCUUGAUUCGUCCUUCUUGGUGUCAGUACUAAUCCUUUAUCUGGCAUUCAGUCACACUUGAGUUUAACACAUUUCUAUAAAAAAGAGCUUAAGGCAAUUUAUUAGCUUUAAAGAUUGUAGCAUUUCCACAUUUCUGUGUAUUAUCUAAACUUGUCGAAACAUCCAUCAUCGCCUUUUAUGCUCUCUGUCACUUGAAGCUUGCACCCAAAAGGCAAACCCAGACGCUAAUUGCAUAAUUACUUUCUGCAUGAGUGGACGUGCCACUAAUUACACACAGACUGUGAGCGCAAAUUGAAUUAUUUGCGCUAUGCUUUUGUGCGUUUUAAUCUGUCAGUCUCCUCAGCUUUUGUGUUGCUGGAGAUUAUUAUUAUCAUUAUUAUUUUCUAAGUUAAAUGGAAAAAAUAUGCUAAUUGUUGGAGUCAGUGCUCCAUAAAAAGCAGUAUAUUAACACAAAAUGGAGUUGAUUUGUUAACAGGAAUGAAAGACGGUGAAAAAGCAGAGGCUUUAACAACAUCUUGUGAAGUUCUUUGUGCCUUUUUAAUUUUCGAAUGUUACCUUUUACACAGUGCUAUGAACAGCACUAUCUGCGCUAGGUUGCACAAAGCUAUGGGGAAACCAGCUUUUCUAUUCUCUGCGUCCUUGCUUUACAAUGGCAUUAAUAAUAGAAAUAUUUCCUGUAGCAAAACAUGUGGUCAUUGUUUCUCUUAAAUACAAUAACUUUUGUGCAUCGUAGACAGAGAACGUCCAGGCUCUGAGGGGGUGAGAGGCUGCAAAGGUUAACAGUCAGAUCUCACUUUUAGAUGAUCUUAGUUACACUGAUCGUUUCUAAUGUUAGCUGUGUGAAAGCGUUUGUUUAAAUGUUGGGGUGAUUAUGAGAAGCCCUGCCUCCCCCCCUCCAAAAAAAAAAGAAAAAUAGGGAGGAGUGGAGGGUGGGGGAAGGAAGCAGCCCCAUGUCUUCGCAGUUGAUCAUUGGUUGGAGCCACAGGGGCAGGGAGGGGCCUCAGUGCUGCUGUUUCUGCAGAGAGAGGCAGUGGGAGCAAGGAGUGUGAGACAGGCACAGCAAAGGAGGAUAAAUCCACACAGGGGUUCUCCCACCAUCGGUAUGCCCGCCUUCCUGAUUUCCACUCCAGACAUAGUUGCUGCCCUUCUGAAUAGAAACGACAGCUGAGGUGCGCUCGCGUGCGUGCGUGUUCUGGACGUCAAUCAGCCCGCACGCUGCCUUCAUCCUCUCCGCUACACGGGAUUCUGCUGUGAUCUUACCGCGAAGGACCAGACAAAAAACUGAGACGGGGACAAGCGGAGAUGCAAGAGUGGUAGAAAGAGGGGAAAGGAGCAGCGAGAAAGCAGCGGAGAAGAAGAAAAGAAAAGAUAAGCUGGUGAAAGGACAAAAUAAAAAAAGGAAGUAAUGCUUAAUCCUUUCGUACAGUUUAUGUAGGUAGCGCGUUAAAUACUGAUAUCUGUUCCCUGGACGCUGUGACAGAUAAGAGAGCUAUUCAGUCUGGGAUUUCUCCAGCGGCAGCAGAUGUUGAAGACAUCUCAGACUUUAUUGGGAGUGGAGGCAUUUCAAGCAUAACUUGGACUGGAAUUCCUUCAAACAAAGUCACAUUUUUGUGUAUUUUUUCUCCGACUUCCUGUGACUUCAACCGCGAAUGCGAGAAAAAAGAAAAGGAAUACCUAUUUUUUGUUUACGUUGAGUAUUAUUAUUGUGUGUUUUCGUGCAUAAACCGGCUGCUCUGAGAUCAAAUCUGGAGGAUUUCCUUACGUUUUCUGUCCUGUCCACGCUUCCUGCAUUUGAAGUCGUAGAUGACAUCAUGAAACCGCAUCAUGGAGCUGUGCAGUCGGACUGAAACCACACAGAUACUUUCAGAACCAACCGGUCACCUGAUAAAUUAGUGGGAUCUCGGAUUCGUCGUACCCUUGAGGGGGCCCCUCAGUCACAGAUUCCUGCCCAAGAUGAUGAAUUCCUCCCUGGAUCCACUGAACCAGAGCUCUGCCGACUCGUCGAACUUAUCUGAUCCCUUCUGCUUACUUGAAAUAGGCUAUUCCCAAAUAUUCAACACCUGCCUCCUCGAGGUCUCCAUAAUACUUCUCCUCACUGUUCUUAUCAUUUCCGGUAACCUGGUGGUGAUUUUCGUGUUCCACUGCGCCCCUUUGCUCAGCCAGCACACCACCAGUGCUUUCAUCCAGACUAUGGCGUACGCUGAUCUUCUGGUGGGAGUCAGCUGCCUCUUCCCCUCCCUGUCCCUGCUCCAUCAUCUCCAGGGCCUCGACCCAAAGCUCACCUGCCAGGUGUUUGGGUACAUGGUGUCGGUUUUAAAGUCCGUUUCGAUGGCGUCUUUAGCGUGCGUAAGCGUCGACCGUUACAUCGCCAUCACGCGCCCUCUGACCUACGCGUCCCUAGUGACGCCCUGCCGAGUGCGCUGCUGUAUCGUCCUCAUCUGGCUUUACUCCGCUCUGGUGUUCCUCCCGUCUUUUCUCGGGUGGGGGAAACCCGGUUAUCACGGCGACGUGGUGGAGUGGUGCGCAGUCGAGUGGAGGACUAGCCCGGCGUUCACCACCUUCAUCGUCGCGCUGCUGUACGCCCCGGCGGCCCUCACCGUCUGCUUCACCUACGCCAACAUCUUCAAGAUCUGCCGACAGCACACCCGGGAGAUCAGCGAGCGGCACGCGCGCUACCGACCUCAGCAGCUGCAGGGACCAGGAAUGACGGCGGGAUCGGUGGUGAAGCACAACAGCGCAGAGCAGGAGCAGUUGCCUCACUUGUCCCAACCACAAAAGCCUCAACACCACCAACCGCAGUAUCAGCAGUCGGCCUCAACAUACCCAGACAAGCGAUACGCCAUGGUGCUGUUCCGCAUCACCAGCGUCUUUUACAUCCUCUGGUUGCCCUACAUCAUCUACUUUCUGCUGGAGAGUGGAGGGAUCUACCACCACCCCGCAGCCUCGUUCCUUACCACAUGGCUGGCUAUCAGCAACAGCUUCUGCAACUGUCUCAUAUACAGCCUCUCGAACUCUGCCUUCCGGAAGGGACUCAAACGCCUCUGCUCCUUCUGUUUACAGCGCAGCAGCAGAGGGUUUGCGGUUAGGAACACUAAAAAGGCUUUCGUAGGCUCCGUUGAAAAGGGAUGCGCAGCGCCGGGGUAUGGAUGUGGCCAUAGUGGAAUGGGAGUUGGUACAACAUGUCAUGUGUAGUGCGGAAACCCGAGGAAACUCUCGAGCCAACUUGGCAUUUGAACUUUUCCGGGGGGGGAAAAAAAAAAUGCCUGAAGAGAUUGCUGUAAAAGGUUAAAUGUGCAACAUGAGGUUGAUCUGCUGCUGUUCCUGUCGCGUUUUCAAGAUUGCACAGGCGUCUUUUCUGCACAGACCGCAGCUUAAAAGAUGCAGUGACAGUUAAGAGCGAAGCACUGAAAUAUGAAAAGGCUUAAAGCCCUUGAUGUUUUCUUAAAAUGGUCAAGGAAACAUGGCGUAUUGUGUAAUGCAAGAAGUUAGAAAGGGGGAGACAGACAAGUCCGAAAAUCUCUGGAUACUGUUUUUGAGGAUGACCAGUGUAAACUGUUUGUUCUCUGGUGUUCUUGUUUUGGAGGUGAACCUUUAACUUAUUUUGUCAGAACGACAACAUGUUAAAACUCUUCUGUCCUUUAAGUGGAAACGAUGUGACCUUCAUUUUGUUGCCAGAUUAUGGUCACACUGUGUGUUGAAUGUGACAAAGAAGAAAUGGAGUCAAACCGGACCACCAACUGCUGUGAUUUAGUGAUGAUGUAUUGUGUACUGCUUUUACCCCCUCAGUAUUGAAUACUGAAAACGAUGCAAUGGCGCGUGUUUGUGCUCCGUAUGUCUUGUGUCUGUUGUUACUGAUGAUUGACUGACUGAAUCAAGUCGACGAGAAACAGAAAGAAAUGACGUUGUUGGUGUGGAACAAGUGCACGUGUCGUUUUAUGGUUUGUGUGCAUUGACUGAAUUCAUUAUAAUUUGUCUUCGCCGAGAAAUCGAUUCAUGAACUUUCAGUUUCAGUUAAUUUAUUGAUGUAGCUGAGAAAAGUGCUAUGUCCAAGCCAUGUGCUCCUUUGAUAUAUGCCAGCCAGCUUUGCUGUACGACUGUUAACAAUUGGUGAAAUGCAAGCGUCAGUUCACAGAACAUUUCUCUUAAAUAGUAUUUUUUAUUGCGCCUUUUGAUCGUCACGUUAAACAUUUUAUCCGUGGCAAAUAAUGACCAUGACAUAUUUUUUUUACAUUUGGUGUGUGCUGAUUGGACUAUAAUUAAGGAUUUCUGAUUCAAGGCAACAAAUGUUAACGUUAACGGUUUGAUGGUCCUUGAACUCUGACCGUUAGUCUUGGAAAACUGUGUUUUCCAAGACUAACAAAUUUUCGUAUUUACACAAGCCUGCAAAUAAUUACCUUAUUGCGCACCUAGGUGUAAACAGUGAUGUGACUGCACUAUUGCGCCUCCAUCUGGAUGUUAGUACAUGUACACAGACACCCAAAUAGCAACACAUGAGGACAAUCAGAACAGACAAACAGCCCAUUCACUCGGCCAGCAGGCUAACCUCUUUGUGGCACCGUGAAGACGGUCUGAUCCCUUAACUUCCUGGGAACUGCAGUUGCAUGUGUGUGUGUGUGUGUACAUCUAUGUGCAUGCACAUGUGGUCUCUUUCCGUCAUCUUGUGUUUUGAUCUGUGGGUUCUUUCCACACUUGUUCUUUAAUACCAAACACUCAAGACCAACAACUGGCUGCGGUGAAUCCAAAUGUACAUACUCAAAAGUUCUGAGAAAACAGACUCUCAGCACAUGUUUAUUUAGGUGCAGACAUUGUAGCGUUACUACCAAAGAAAGCUCAAUAGAUAUUUUUGGGUUGUGAUAUUCAUUUUUUCUAAAUAUCCAGUAUGAAGAUCUAGUAAAAUGCUAGUGGGUUUUACACAAAGUUUGUGUGAAAAGUCCACUGCCCUGUGUUGGCUCAGUGAUGCCUAGUGUGCAUGUAUAUGACUGUUACUCAGUAUAUUGUGAUAUCUUGUUGCCUUGAAAUAAAAUGACAAUGAGCUGUUGGAAAAGUAAAUUCCUUUAGCAGCUAGGGAGAACUUGGUUCAUAUACAUGUGACUGUUUUUGAGGGCUUCAAACGGUGUGUUCAUCGUAUUUGUGUGCAGAGACGAAAAUGUCAGUCGGCCAUCCUCUGUCACUUGAUUCCACAUUCGCCGCAGAAUAACAUGAACCACAUUUGUUGUGAGAAGUAAAAUGUGACCAUGUAUUCAGCUGCUCUUUACAGUUCCAUGCUUUACAAUCAGUGUUUCUCUCUUCUGUAACACUAGACAUAACCAGGAGUAAAACUAUGACUCAAAACUGUUCUUUUUUUUUUCAUGUGUUUGCUCUUGCGUGCUUGAUGCACAUGAGGCUGUACAGGUAAGACAGAAUGUGACCAUUGGCUCAAUGUGGACUGUUAAAGUAGAUCCAGCGAGGGUGCUAUUGAAAUGAUCACCUUUGCACAUUGCUUUAUUAGCUGCACAUCACGUCCCUCAAGUAUACUGUAUUUUGUGAUGUACAGUGGUGUUGGAUUCAUGCCGAAUAUUGUAACUAUUCCUAUUUGUACCUUCUUUUGUUCCACUGUCUGAACAAUUGUCAGUGUGCAAAAAAUGCCGGAUUGAAUGUUUCAAUGUCAGAGUACUCGAGUUUAUUUUGUACAAUCAAUUUGUGUCUUUUUUCUUGUGAAGUGAUAAACGUUGCACAGUCCAGGUAGUCUGAUGAGUCUUAAUUUCUUUGGGUCAUUCCUAGUAAAUCAUUUAUCCAGUGAUCAUUUUAGUUAAAAAAAAAAAAAAAAAAAAAUGGAUGCCUUUGCUUUUGGAAUAACAAGUUGACUACUAGAAAGAUGCCAUUUCCCACAGCAAUUCAUGUCACACUUCACUUGAAAUGCAUAAGAUUUAGGGCAAAGAUUUCAGCAAAAUGAUCUUGUUCAAAUAUGCUCACAUUAGUGGCCACACAUGCUAUUGCCCUCUUCCUGUGGGAACACAGUCUUGGUUCAGGUUCUCAAGGGAACAGCAUCGACUAAAGUGCCAUGCUGGGUAAGAUUAUAAAAAACAAGAAGAAAUGUGAAUGUUGAAGGGUUAUUUGUAGUUUAAAUGGAACCUUCUAUAAGACAGGAAAGUAAUUGUUUACGGACACAGUAUUAAGUGAGCUACCAUAGCUUCAACAAUUUAUUUGUAAAUUCAGGAAGACUCCUGACAGGUAAACUGAUAUCUAAAACAUA